AUGAUGGAUCCUAUUUCUAAAGAUCUUUAUUCAGUCAAUGAUGAGAAUAAUAACACUACACAAAAUUCUAGUCAAGAUUCAAGUAUAACGGAUUCUUUAUCUACAACCCCGAUUCAGUCUACUUCAAAUGAUGAUAACCAAUUGAAUGUUGAACAACCGUUUAAAAAACCAAAAUUAAUGAAUGUGCACAAUCUCGAUUCAUCACAAACGAAACAAGAAACUGGAACAAGUCAGCAUGAAGUUGGCAAAUCAACUGGCACUAGAUUAUUACUAGAAGAUGAUGGAACAAUCGAAGAGGAGGAUGAAGAUGACGAAGAUGUAGAUGAAGAUAAUGAUAAUGAUGACGACAAUGAUGAUGUUGAUGAUGAUGAUGAAGACGAUGAAGAGGAUGAUGAUGAAGAAGAAGAAGAUGACAGUGCUACUGUACUUGGUGAAGCAGAUACUGAAUCUGUGGUCAGUGAUAUUAUAUCAUCUGCAUUACAACAAGAAAAAGAAUCAAGAAAAAUAGAAGAUCGUAAACUGCUAGCAUUAUUGGCACAUUUUGAUGAAGAACAAUUAAAUCGUUUUGAAACAUUUCGACGAGCUACAUUUGCUAAAGCUGUAGUAAGACGACUAAUACAAUCUGUAGCUCCAUGUUCGAUUUCACAAAAUGUAGUCAUUGCUAUGGCUGGUUUAACGAAAGUUUUUAUCGGAGAAUUAGUUGAAGAAGCAUUAAAUUACAAAGAACAAUUAGGUGAAAGUGGACCAUUAAAACCAAAACACAUUAGAGAAGCUUAUCGUAAAUUAUCAGAUGAACGAAGAUGUUGUACAGAGACACCGGAAAAUCCUCUUUUAUAA